CUUUAUUCCUGCAGUCCAUUUUGUUCUGCUCCUACUGGAUGGUUCUUCCCUCAGGUGGAUCUUCUAUGUAUUUUCUUCAACACUGUAAAAACUGAGUGCUACUUAUUUUUGUUGCUUUUCAGCCGCGUCAUCGUGAUCGUUUUCCUGAGAUGUCAUCUAAAGUAACUACUGGUUACGGGAGACAUUGACAUAAGUACCAAGAACAUUUGUUUAUUGAUUUUGCCUCAAAAUCAAAAAAAAAUCACACAUCAUGGGCAAACGCUCUCGAAGUAGUUCGAGUGAGAGCAGUGCUAGCUGCUCUAGCUCAUCCAGCUCGUCCUUCGCAAUUUCAUCGGACAGCGAGGAUGUGCGGUCGUUGAAGAAGAAGCACUCGAAGAAGGACCAAAAGCACGGACGAACAGGAGAUCGCGAUAUUGCAUCGAGCAAGAAGAAGAAAUCCAAAUCCUCGAAAGCCGACAAGAAAAAGUCAAAAAAAGACGAGAACAAGAAGCACCUCCGUAGUAAGAAGAGCGGAAAAAAGAAGAAAAAGGAGGACAAGAAGACAAAGAAGAAGGACGAUAAAAAGAAAAAGCGAAAAAAGGAUAGAAGGGACGCGGAUGAGGAGGACGAUGAUGACGAUAACCAAGUGGAAAUCGCACGAUAUGGAAAAUACGGCAUACUCAACGAAGAAAACUUCGACACCAAGCAAGACGAAUUUCACGCUUGGAUAUGGGAGGUACAUCUUCUCGACCUCAACGCUCACACGACUGUUCUCAUCGAUACAACAAAUGUCUUUUCAACAAGAUACAUAUUUUGGUGGUUUGAUUUACCAAAAAUAAAACCCACUUAUUUUAAGGUUAAUGAUUUCAUAGUCACGUACGUUAUCAUCGCAUUCGCAGGUGAAAAAGCAAAGCCUGGAGCACCUGUCGAAGAGGGAAGAGAAGCAGCUAGAGCUCGCUUUUAUGGAGGACUAUAACACGUGUACAAUGCCGGACAAGAAGUUUUACGACAUCAAUGCCUGGGAGAAGCAGCGAGCCAGAGAGCAGAUGGCAGCUGCCUUCACGGGACCCCAGGUUGCUAGCCUCGUCAAUCCAUCGAACUCUUCGUCGAAUCUGACUGCCAGAAGCGCCCUUGCGGGUGGUAACGGCUUGAAGGAAGCGGGUGACGGCUUCGACGAUGAAGGCGCCUUGCUGCGUGAGCGACAGCGGAAAAGGGAACUAGAGGAGAAGAAAAAGCUGGAUAAAAAAGUGGAGGAGAUGCGAAACUACAACAGAGAUCAGGCAUCGGAUAUGCGACACCAGGAAAGGUUAGUGGAACAAAUGAAGUUGCUGCAGAAAGCUGGCAAUUUCAAAGAAGCAUCGAAAAUACGCGAUAGGCUCACGCCCAAAGGUUUUGGCGUGUAAUGAAGAAGCUUGCUUCCAUUUUUGUUUUCCCAAUCCAACCCUUCGUUUUGCUAACAAAUUCAAAUUUUUCACUCCCACCCCCAGCAGCAUCAUGACUUUGAUUUCGGGUAGACGUUGUAGGUCACUAUAGUGAAUCCCAUGUAUAGCUGGCCAGGGAACGCACGGCGGCAUGUUUAGGCGCCAAAACC